GUGAUGCUGGUGGCCCCUACUGUUAUUUGAAGGAGAAAAGGAGGGGGUUUGUCUGGAAGAUGCGUUUGCUUGGCAAGCAUCCUCUUUAUACUUCGAUUUUAGUUUAUGGGGUGAUUUGGAAGAGAGUUGGUGACUUCUGAAGCGGAUAUUAGGGCUCUCCCAUGUUGUCUCUCAUGCCAGGUUUCAGUUCUCAGAGUUUAUAAUCUAGAAGGCGGGGUGGCGGUGGAGGAAGGUGCUAGGAAAAGUUUCCCGGAGGAGGUGCUCGCGAACUGCAGGAGCUUCCCUUGCCGCCGAGAAAGGAGAAACUCCGAACUCCCCCUCUCCUGGGGCUGGGUCUCAGCAACCUCCCACCAGCUAUGGUUUCCCAGGCAUCCCACGUGUCUUCCGUCCGCGAUCCCUGUCAAUCAAGCUCCCCCUAGGGCCUGGGUGAGGGUUUAAAGGCGGCCGCAGUGCAGAGCGCUCCCAGAGUGCCGCGCGGCGGGCGGGUUUGGAUUUUAAAUCCCCGCGGCCAAUCAGUAGCGCGUAGGCUCUUGUAACGUUCCCGGCGCCGCGUUUGAAUUCGAGGAGAGGCAGAGCCGUGCCAAGCCUCUGCCUGGACCCUGCUAGGUCCGCUGAGCAACUCCAGGAACAUGAGUGCGGCGGCAACUGCAGGGAAGCUGGCGCGGGCACCAGCCGACCCAGGGAAAGCGCCCGGAGUUGCAGCUCCCGGGGCUCCGGCGGCUGCCCCGCCGGCGAAAGAGAUCCCGGAGGUCCUAGUCGACCCGCGCAGCCGGCGGCGCUAUCUACGGGGUCGCUUUCUGGGGAAGGGUGGCUUUGCCAAGUGCUUUGAGAUCUCGGAUGCGGACACUAAGGAGGUGUUCGCGGGCAAGAUCGUGCCUAAGUCGCUGUUGCUCAAACCGCACCAAAAGGAGAAGAUGUCCAUGGAGAUAUCCAUUCACCGCAGCCUCGCUCACCAGCACGUCGUCGGCUUCCACGGCUUUUUCGAGGACAACGACUUCGUGUUCGUGGUGUUGGAGCUCUGCCGCCGGAGGUCUCUCCUGGAGCUGCACAAGCGGAGGAAAGCACUCACGGAGCCCGAGGCCCGCUACUACCUGCGGCAGAUCGUCCUGGGCUGCCAGUACCUGCACGGAAACCGCGUUAUUCACAGAGACCUCAAGCUGGGCAAUCUCUUCCUGAACGAGGAUCUGGAGGUGAAAAUAGGGGAUUUUGGACUGGCAACCAAAGUGGAGUAUGACGGGGAACGGAAGAAGACCCUGUGCGGGACUCCUAAUUACAUAGCUCCUGAGGUGCUGAGCAAGAAAGGGCACAGUUUCGAGGUGGACGUAUGGUCCAUUGGGUGCAUCAUGUAUACCUUGUUAGUGGGCAAGCCACCUUUUGAGACCUCUUGCCUAAAAGAGACCUACCUCCGGAUCAAGAACAAUGAAUACAGUAUUCCUAAGCACAUCAACCCCGUGGCCACCUCCCUCAUCAAGAAGAUGCUUCAGCCAGAUCCCACUGCCCGCCCAACCAUUCACGAGCUGCUCAAUGACGAGUUUUUCACUUCUGGCUAUAUCCCUGCCCGCCUCCCCAUCACCUGCCUCACCAUUCCACCGAGGUUUUCGAUCGCUCCCAGUAGCCUGGACCCCAGCAACCGGAAGCCUCUCACCGUCCUCAAUAAAGGCAUGGAGAACCCCAUGCCCGAACGUCCCCGGGAGAAAGAGGAACCAGUGGUGCGAGAGGCCAGUGAGCCCGUCGACUGCCACCUCGCUGACAUGUUGCAGCAGCUGCACAGUGUCAACGCCUCCAAGCCCUCAGAACGGGGGCUGGUGAGGCAAGAGGAGGCCGAGGACCCUGCCUGCAUCCCCAUCUUCUGGGUCAGCAAGUGGGUGGACUAUUCGGACAAGUACGGCCUCGGGUAUCAGCUGUGUGACAACAGCGUGGGGGUGCUCUUCAACGACUCCACGCGCCUCAUCCUCUACAGUGACGGCGACAGCCUGCAGUACAUCGAGCGGGACGGCGCGGAGUCCUACCUCACCGUGAGCUCCCACCCCACCUCCUUGGUAAAGAAGAUCACCCUCCUGAAGUACUUCCGAAACUACAUGAGCGAGCACUUGCUGAAGGCAGGCGCCAACAUCACGCCUCGGGAAGGCGACGAGCUGGCCCGGCUCCCCUACCUGCGGACCUGGUUCCGCACCCGCAGCGCCAUCAUCCUGCACCUCAGUAAUGGCUGUGUGCAGAUCAACUUCUUCCAGGACCACACCAAACUCAUCCUGUGCCCACUGAUGGCCGCCGUGACCUACAUCGACGAGAAGCGGGACUUCCGCACGUACCGCCUGAGCCUCCUGGAGGAGUACGGCUGCUCCAAGGAGCUGGCCAGCCGGCUGCGCUAUGCCCGCGCCAUGGUGGACAAGCUGCUGAGCUCGCGCUCAGCUGCCAACCGCCUCAAGGCCUCCUCAUAGCCCCUACCCCCUGGACUGACGCCCUCCUCCCGCAACUAGCACCUUGGCCCACGCUGGUUAGCACCGUGGUGCUGUUUCAUAGUGUGUCCCCCAGCCCUGGGGGCCGGGGCGAGAGCUUCAUCCUCCCUGCAGGUGGGGGCUGCCGUGUAAGUUAUUUUUGUACAUGUUCGGUGUGGGUUCUGUGGUCUCGCCCCUUGCCCUCAGGCCCACCCUAUGAAUUGUACAGAACGUGGCUGUUGAAUUCAGGACUGUCCUUGCCUUUAUACACAUUAAACAUACGUGAAUCUUC